CCUCCGGCGGAAGGAUUGAUGAUGAUGAUGAUGAUGAUGAUGCUGCGCGGAUUCAGCAACAUCCAGAAUAAAGCCCUGACGCGUCGGCAUGAGCAUUGAAACCUGACAGAAGGGCAGCAGGAGAAUGAGACUGCGGUUUGUAGAUAAACAAUGGCAGCAGGUGCAGCGGAUGGUGAUUUAUGGGACGGUCUUCCUCAUCAUGACCCUCCUCAUCCUCUACAGCUCCAACAGCUCAGCUGAUCUUUACAGCCCCUUUAAAGUCAACGAGUUUCACUACGCCAUCAAACACACCAACCUCAAGAAAUGGGCCGGGAAGGAGGCAUACGUUCCUGUUUACGGCAACAAGAGCAUGAGCCUGCACUGCCGUCAGUGUGCGUUAGUGACCAGCUCUAGUCACGUGUUGGGGACUCACGCCGGAGACGAGAUCGACCGUACAGAGUGUGUCAUCCGCAUGAACGACGCUCCAACCUCCACUACGCCAUCAAACACACCAACCUCAAGAAAUGGGCCGGGAAGGAGGCAUACGUUCCUGUUUACGGCAACAAGGAAACCUUCAAAAUACACACACACACACACAUAUAUAUAUAUAUAUAUAUAUAUGCUGUACCGGCUGAUCCAGAGAGUCAGUAUGACCUACAGUAACCUGUCCUUCUUCUUCAUCUCACCCGGCAAAAUGCAGAGGUUCGACACGCUCUUUCAGAAAGAGACCGGCCGAGACAGAAAAAAGUCUCAGUCCUGGUUAAGCACCGGCUGGUUUACCAUGGUCAUCGCCAUAGAGAUGUGUGACAACAUAAAGGUUUAUGGGAUGGUGCCGCCAAACCAUUGUGGGAAGCGUCCUCAGCCCAAACGGUUGCCCUAUCACUAUUACAAACGAGGUCCAGAUGAGUGUGUGAUGUACCUCCAGAACGAGAGGGGGCGCCGCGGAUCACACCACCGCUCCAUCACUGAGAAACAGGUGUUUGCAUGCUGGGCCAAGCAGUACAACAUCAGCUGCAGCCACCCGACCUGGUGAGGAAACCGUCCAUCUGCCUGGUGCGCUGGAGCCAACAUGGCGGCUUUCUGUAACUCUGUGAUGUUUGAAUUUUCAAAUGCAUUGCCUGCUCUGAAACCGAUCCGGAAUGGCUGCUGGUCUCUCUUUGAUCUGGAUUAGUGACUGAGCCGAAACAGAGGCCAUGCAGGGAUCCAGGACCAAGCUAAUCUUAGUUUUCCUUAGGAAAAUGAACAGGUGAUGGAACGCUUAUUGUCUGAAGCAUGACGGUUUCAAAAACAUCUCCAUAUUACUGCCGUGAAGUUUUCCUAAGCCUUCUCUUACAGUGUUUCUCACCCAUAAUCGGUCAUUUGUCGGAGAACGGAGAAUGAAAGAGAAAUCCUCUGUCAGUUGCCAAAUGGAAGAUUCAUUUACGUCUUGUGGUACAAUCAACACAUUUGAAUGUUCGUCAUGUGAAACCACCAGAGAAUAGGAAUGAGGAUUUAACUACUUUACAAGAUUUUGUGUAAAUAAGAACUAUGUCAAUUGUAAUUACAAAAACAAUAUAUAUUUUUACAAGUUUAUAUGGUUUUAAAAUGCCCUAAAAAGACAAUAUUACAAUAAACCAUUUAAAAAAAACACACCUUUUUUAAUGGCCAGGUAAAUGGUCAUUUUACAUCACAUCAUUUUCAGAUAAUCUGCACAUUUUGUGUACUUUUUGGGAAGCUGUUGGAAUGGAGAGCUAUUUAUGCCUUUAUACCAUAAUCAGUAAGUCAUAUGAAACCUGACCAAAUGUCAGUCAGUUCUAGAACGUUCCAGAACUCCAUAUAAUUGGUUCUAGAGCUUCACUGGAACAUCCACUUCAAGAACAUGUCCGGGUCAUUUUUCCUAACAAAAUUAGAAUAAAAAAUAAAGAAAACCAGGCUUAUAUAGGACUAUUAAUAUGUUUUGUAUUAUGACAGUCUUUCCAUGAGAUUUAAACACAUUUCACUGCCAAUUUUCAUUACUGAAAUGGAAAUUAAUUUCAAUUGUACAGUACAUGUACAUUAUGUAAAGUAUACAUCAUAGUAAUAUGUUG